GAAAACCUUUUUCAACUCUGACACCAUUUUUUUUUUGUUCAUCGUAUUAAAUUAUUAAUAUUAAGAUUGCUCUCACCAUCCGUAGCCAUUCCAAUUAGAUUCUGCUUCCAUUCUCUCUCUGAUCUCACUUCUCCUUUACUACUGAUUCCUUCUGAAUUCACCUUCUUCCAUUGGUUAAGAUUGAGGAAGAAAUCACGUUGUUUCAUCAAUGGACGUGAAAGCUGCACAGCGGUUACACCUUUCACCGGUGGUUCGACCCGAUAUGAUUGGGAGAAGACCCAGUUGUUGUUCUUUCGGCAUGUCGCGGCCUUUUGUUUCGGCCAAGUUGUCUUUGAGGAUGCGCCGCAGAACAACCACCGUGGAGGUCUCAUGUUCCUACAACGUUCCAGCUUCGACAUUGGAAUCUGGAAGUGUCCGUACUCCUCUUGAUGAAGAGCUGAUUCUAAAGAAUAAAUCACAAGAGAUCCAGCCAAAUUUAAAUGGACGCUGUAUAUAUCUUGUUGGAAUGAUGGGCUCUGGGAAGACAACUGUGGGGAAGAUAAUGUCACAAGUGCUUGGUUAUUCAUUUUGUGAUAGUGAUGCAUUGGUGGAGGAGGAGGUUGGUGGAAACUCUGUAGCUGAUAUAUUCAAGAGCCAUGGUGAGCCUUUCUUUCGUAAUAAGGAGACUGAGGUGUUGUGUAAGCUAUCCCAGAUGCAUCGACUUGUUAUUUCUACCGGUGGAGGUGCUGUUACGAGGCCCAUCAACUGGAAAUAUAUGCACAAGGGAGUUAGUGUUUGGCUGGAUGUACCAGUGGAAGCCUUGGCACAGAGAAUUGCAGCUGUAGGAACUAAUUCCCGCCCGCUUCUACACUAUGAAGCAGGGGAUCCUUACAAACGGGCUUUUAUGCGUUUGUCUGCAAUUUUUGAAGAGAGAGGUGACGCAUACGCCAACGCCAAUGCCAGGGUCUCAUUAAAAAAUAUAGCAAUGAAACUGGGCAAAAGAGAUGUUUCCGAAUUGUCUCCAACUGAUAUUGCAAUUGAGGCGUUAGAACAAAUUGACUACUUUUUGAAAGGUGAAGGUGGCUUUUAUGCAGAGUGCUAAUAGAAACUUUGGUCACAAGCUUGUUUUGUUUGUUCAUUUUCUUUUUCUAUUGCAAUUAAGGUCAUGUUGUUGACCUGUUGUGCAGUGUCUCUGGUAAAAAAGAAAAGGUUAAGUAAUACAACAUGGGCACUUGUUUAUGCAUAAUUUGUGUUGGCAAUUUAGCAUAAUCUGAAAGCCAAUAGCAACCAUUUUUAAUUUUUGUUUAUUGUUGAUGUGUAUAUAUACUGGUAAACGAGGUGUGCGUUGUAAUCCUAGUUCGGUUGUCAUUAAUUUAUGUAUGUAUUGCUUCUUUUAAAGAGGUAUGUUGUAAAAGUGACACCUAUAUUGUAUUCUAUAUUAUAUUCUGUCUUUUUCAUGUUCUA